AUGUCCUUUAUCCUCCAAUGUCUUGAGGGCGCUAAAACACUUUUACAUCAUUAUUUUCCUGAUAUUACAAGGGCAAUUAGUGACUUGGAACGUUCAAUAGGUAAGGGCCGUGGUGUUUCAGGAUUUGCGCAGGCCAUUGGGAUUGUGCAGCGUGGGCUGGAGGGGUAUGAGAGUGGGAUGGAGGAGAGGAUUAGUAACAUCAAAGAGCCAUUAACGACAUUGAUAAAUCACGUCGAAACUCAAUUGGAGCAGUUUAAGAAGCCCGAUUAUAAAGAGGGCCAAACACGGAAGACUGACGAGGAACUUAGCAAAAUUUUUAAUGUUGGCAAUGUUGAAACAGUCCUGGCAAGUUGUAUUCAAAAAACCAAAAAAUAUAUUGCUGAUAUAUUGGACGCUGAAAACUAUGGUCUCCGACUCUUGGAUCCUGAGUUUCGUAGUAAGCUUCGAGAGCCAUUAAUGAGGAUUAGGCAGGAAGUAAAACGCUUCUCGAAAUCGUCGGACAAAGAUUUUUUGCAGUUGGAGGAGAUGAAGAAGACGAUAAAGACAACGCUUGAAUCUCUUAGAAAGAGUGUGAAAAAGAAAAUCUAUGAUGAUGUUACUGAUUUGGUUUACGAGUUACGUAAAAGGGUAGCUGCUAUUAGGGUUCAGAUUGAAGGUAUUGAGAUAAUUCUAAGUAAUCGCAUUAAGGAGCUGGAAAAAUGGAUUGAAGAGGCGAGCGCAGUUGUCACAGAAGCGGAGACGCAGGUGGGCAUCAUUGAAAAGGAGGUUAAUGAUCCACCAAGUGGUCACAGUAAUAAUAAGAGUAAACUUCAGUCUAUGGCGGAGAAAAUUGAGAAGCAACUUGGCACGAAAGUUAAAGAAUUAAAGGAUUGGAUCGAGAAUGCUGAUAACGUUAUGAAGGAGGGGUUGGCGAAGGUGAGAUCGAUAUUGGCACAGGUCAAUCAGCCAGGUGAUUUAGAAACAAAUAAUAAGAAAGAUAUAGAAGGGGCGGCUACAGAUAUUCAGGUGCAGGUCCCCAUGCUUCAUCAGAAGGUUACCGAGCUGAAGGACAAAUACAAUCAGUUUUACGAUAACGUUAAAGGACCGGAUGGGAACGGCGGACUAUUAGAAAAGCUUAAAGGAGCUAACGUGGAAGUUAAGAAGGUGGUUAAAAGAACAACAUUGAAGACGUUUAAAGAUAAGGAUAAUGGUGGUUGGGAUUUGACUGAGCAGAUAGACGGGCUUACAGAUCAUAUUGGAGACAAUCUUGAGAUGUACGUCAAUAACUUGGACAUGGUUUUGCAGAAAGGCGUGGGUGGCGUUGGUAACUACGUUUAUGGAUUUACGAAAAAUGGCUUUGACGCAUUACAGAGCGCCUUGUCUAAUGGUACUUUAAAAAACGAUUUAGGUAAAUUCGGGAUAAAACUUUAUGAGUUGCUGCAGAAUGCCACCAGAAAUGGUCUCGAGUAUAUUUUAGAAGAUGUAUUUCAUGCUAUAAAACAAGCAAAAGAUAUCUGGGGUGACGCUCAACCAGCCUUUGCGGAACUUAUCUCCGAACUUCAAACCGAUCUUGAUACAAAAAUCACCGCCGGCAAGUUUGAAAGUCACCUAGUUUCACUUCUGAAAACUACGGCAAACACUGCAAUUAAUAAGCUUCAGGCGGCGGUUACGAAGAUGAUCAUUGAAGAGUCUAAUAAGAAUCUCGUUAUGAGUGGUGUGGGUACGUUGUUAUCACAGGCCAAAGAUGCCAAAGAAGCAAUUGAGAGGCAGGCGAAGCUCGUCGCCGACAAGCUUCGCCUCAUGUGCACUGCUAUUAACGAUGCUGCGGGAGAUCAAGCAGGUCUGCAGAAGGUAUUGUCAGAUUUGCAGACGCUGGGCCUUGCUGAAGGCGACCAAAAAUGGCAAGGAAAGGAUCAUUCUGCCAGGGGUCUCAGAAAAGUAAUGAGUGAGGUUGAAGAAAUGGAAAUAAAGGAUGCGCCAGCUGUCACAACCAGCCUCAGCCUCCUGUGCACUGAAAUUGCCAACGCGACCGAAAAUAUAAAACUUAAACUGAACAAUUUAAAAAAGCAGAAUAUUAGUGGUACUAAAGAUAAUGAACUUGCUGGGAUUAGAACGAAUAUCAAUAAAUUGAAGAAUAACGAGGUAAAAUCAGCCAUCCAGGCCGCCAUGAAAUUUAUCGAAUCUGAAGCCAAUGAAGAAGGGAAAAAGACUACUAAGAAAUUAGAAGAACACGUCGACUACGAGGUGAAUGCCGCCAUAUCAACACUCACCGAUCUGGCCGAGAAGCAGUACGUCGACUCCCGGAUCCACGAGCUGACUAUAUUUGCUGCCGUUGCUAAGAAGCAGUACGUUCGCAUAAUAGACAUUAUCUAUCAAGACAAAAUUACUUGCACGAAAGGAUUCUUAGGAACAUUUAAUUCUAAAUUCAUAACCAGAGUCUCGGAAAUAAAAGACGUUCAGAAGUACAUUUCAUUCGUUGAAAUCCCCCCUAAUGCACCGAAGAACUCUCCACUGAGCCAGGCGGCUAAAAUAGUUAAUGACGGUUUUCGCAAUUUCCUUUCGGACUUGGGACAGCAAACCGAUUUUGAACCUGUGUCAUCCAAUCUCUUCCCCUCGGCAGAUGCACUGGGCAAUUUGCUCAAAGGUCUUCACACUUCUGAACACUUCGACUACAAAUUUAGUGAGCACUUAGAUGCACUAGACAAAGCACUAAGCACUUUCACUCCUACCAAAUUCACCGAUCCCUCUAACGCAAUUCUGCAGUGCCUUAAAGAUGGCUUCGAAAAACUAUACGAACAGUUGAAUAUGGCCUACGUUUCCAAGUACUCCGGAGCAUUCAAAAUGUUCAACUGGGACGCCGACGGGCCAAAGGCCGCCCGGGCAUGUCUGAGUUUUCUACCCACGCUGGCCCAGGAUUUGAUCACGUUGAAGAGUUACAGCAACAGUGACUGGCAAAACAAGCAAAUAUAUUUAUAUGAACGUACUAAAAAUACCAAUAGCCUUGGAGUAUUCCUUGCUAACCGUGGCUUCAGUGUUUCCAAACGUGAUAAUGGCUACGAGGGGGAAUUGAAAAACAAGCCAAAUUGCAAGGGUUCAGACAUCUUCGGCAAGCUCACCGGAAAAAUAAAUGGCGGUGCAGAUAGACUCUUCACCUCCAUAAAAGGGGAGAAAGAAGAAGGCUUAAUUACGAAGCUGUUCAAUUAUUACGAGAUGUAUUUGCGUGUUUGCCACCAAACGCUUCCGUCCCCAGCCAGAUACCCUUGCUCAGUUAGGGACAUGCUCUCUUGGAUGUCCGGCGUUCCGUAUAGUCACGUGUUCAGUAAAGUACAUGGACAUGUAAAAUCGUUGCUCAAUGAGGACGCCAACAAAAAACACAGUCAUGACGACGGUCCUCAAAUCCCAAACGUAUAA